GUCCACAGCCCAAAGUGUAGGCACCGCCACCAUUAGAUUAUUACUUGAGUGAUGAAGUUCAGUGCUGGCUGCGCAUUACAUGUGCAUCACGUGCUUGCUCUUCUCCAAAAUCUGUAGAAAGUUUGAACAAAAGUAAUCAAAAAAUGAACAGCGAAUUAAAAACAGCAGAUUCUUGGAUCAGCUUCAUAAAUUGGAGACUGGAAUGAAUAUUCUUCUGAUUGGAUUUUCUCUGUAACUUUCCAGCUUUAAUGGGCGAGACAGAGGUGACCACGACAAGCGUAAACGUCACCAAGAAUGAGAGAAAUGGGCACCUCAAGGCAUUUGAUCUGGUGUUUUCUAAAACUCUUCUGCAGGUUCCUCACAAGCUGCAGAAUUGUCUAAAGUCACAGCUCAAGAGACUGGCAAAAGAUGAUGGAGUGAAAACAGUUAGCUCUGUCUCUAAAAAGGCUACAUCUUUGGAGGUUGAUUUGGAGAAGCAGUUGCAGGCAUGGAGAGAAAAUCCUUCAUGGGCUGAUCAACCACCACAUAUAAAGGUCAGUGUACCAAAAGGUUCGCUUUGCAACCUCAGUGUGAGUGUCAAUGUUGGGUUGCCCCCAGAUGCAGUAUAUAACAUUGUAACUGACCCUGACAAUAAGAGGGUUUUCAAGAAUAUUAAGGAAGUGAUAUCCAGAAAAGUUUUGGUUGAUGAAGGUUCUAGGCAGGUGGUUGAACUUGAGCAAGCAGCUUUAUGGAGAUUCCUUUGGUGGUCAGGGACCAUUGCAGUUCAUGUUUUAGUAGAUCAAAACAGAGAAGACCAUUCAAUGAAGUUCAAGCAAGUCAAAACAGGGUUUAUGAAGAGAUUUGAAGGCUGCUGGAGAGUGGAACCUCUUUUUGUCGAUGAAAGGACCUGCUUUCCCUUCAAACCCAAGACAUGGACAGAUUAUCAUUCAUGCACUGGAGGCAAAGGGAGGAUUGGAUCAAAGGUCAGCUUGGAGCAACUGAUCCAGCCAGCUAUUGUUCCACCCCCUCCCAUUUCUUGGUAUCUAAGGGGUAUCACCAGCAAGACCACCGAGAUGCUGAUAAAUGAUCUGCUUGCUGAAGCUGCCAGAAUACGAGGAGAAUUAAACCCUGAGAAGUCUAAUAAAGAGCUUGAAAUGUCUCAGGAUCAGGAAAUACUUAGUCAGGUUGAUAAUGUAUCUAACAUAAAAGAAAGAUGGGCCCUGCGCAGGAGAAAUGCAAAGCAAUAUCAUCGGAGGCUACCGACUGCCAAAUGAUCCAACCUGUGUUUAGUUAGUAACUAAUGCAAGCUCCUUAUCUGUAUUCCCUAUUUAUGGAAGUUGAAAGGUCCAUCAAUAUUUCUUUUAUCUGUCAAGUGUAAUGGCCUUUUGGCCCGGUGGAGACUCCUCUCCCUUUAGAUGAGGGUGGAGGAUGAGAUCAAGGAUUCAAUCCUCAUGUAUGUUGUAUAGUGUUCUUGUUGUAUCCACCUAUCUGCUAAAUCAACGUUCCUUUGAAAGAUGAUGUUAUAAAUUGCAGCAAACAUCAAAUUAGAUGGUU